UCUUCGCUUGGCAGCGGCAGCGCGAGAGUCCGCGGAAAUGUUUCUCUUUCUGAUUUUUUACACUGCGGGGGACGCGUGGUCUACUCCAAAUUAUCGAUGCGGCGGCGGGCGGGCGGUUCCCGGCAGAUCGGCGUCUCUGAUCUAGGUCCUGCCUAAUUUCUCCGGCGACCGUCGCGAUUCCGUCGAGUGCACGCUGUCGAGGCUGUGCGGCGUCGUUCUCCGCUAACGUCGUUGCCUCGAAAUUCGUCUUCAGUAGUUGGAAGUCAUCCGCUUCCGGAUAUCAUUGCCAACACGAGUUGCAUUGAAUAAUUUGAAUUCUUCCCUGUUGAUCAGUCAGUCUCGUUUUCCGCUUCCCGUAGUCAUGAACUUGCCGGCAACUGUGGAUUCCGUGAGGACGUUGGCCGCCAUGGUCAGAGUCUCUGGACCUGAUCCUCAUGGGCGGAAGAUGAGAAAUCAGGCUUUUCACCAUUACAGUUCUGGUAUAACUACGCUUUCGGCUUCGGCUGUGCUGUUGCCGGAGGCCUUUUUUGAUGCUGACGCGGCCAGCCGGAUUCUGCCGGGCGCCGAUAGGCGGGGCGGAGCUCUGCUCCUCACGGUCGCUUCUGUUAUCGAGCCUUUUGUGGCGGCGCACCAUAGGCAAAGUACUUCUCAGGGCUUACCUGAUCUGAUUCCUGAAGCUAAAAUCGAUGUUAUGUUAGAGGGUAUGUUGGAGUUGGAAGAACGUGUCGAUGCGGUUGAAGAUGGAGAUUCUCGUUGGAUUUGUGCAGAGCUUUUGAGAUUGGUUGAUGUUCCAGAUUCUUCCAUGGCCCUCCAAUCGCUCAUUCAAGCUUCUUCAGGCUCACCACACCAUGGUUGGGAGACUGGUUGGUCCCUUGCAUCUCAGGAUAGCGGUCCUAAGCCCUAUGGGAAGUCUCUCGAUUCAUCUAUGCUUGAAAGUCAUUGGGAAACCAAGGAAUAUAGGAGUCCUACCAAUAUGAGUAGGUCGAUUACUAGACUUGCUGUUCUGGGGAUCCCCCUGCCGAAGAAUCUUCCUUGUGUCCCUGUAGCAGCAUUGACUAAAAGGGGAGACUUCCUCUUAGCCAUGGGUUCCCCCUUUGGUAUCAUGUCACCAUUGCAUUUCUUUAACAGCAUUUCAGUGGGAUCCAUUGCCAACCAUUAUCAUCCACCUAGAUCACCUAAGACAUCAUUGCUAAUGGCUGACAUCCGCUGUCUUCCUGGUACUGAAGGUGGUCCAGCUUUUGAUAAGUAUGGACGUUUUAUUGGAAUCUUGAUUAGUCCAUUGAGGCAAACGAGUACUGGUGCAGAAAUUCAGCUGGUGAUUCCGUGGGAAGCCAUUGCAAGUGCUUGCAUUGACUUGCUGCUGAAGGAGCCUGAAAAUGCAGCAGCAGAUAAAGAGGUUCAUAUUAAUAAGGGAAACUUGAAUGCUGUAGGGGUAGUACACAAUCAUGACUCAGCUGUACCUUCACUGGUGCCUGUAGAGAAGGCGAUGCCUUCUAUUUGUCUCGUCACCAUGGGCGAAGGUGUAUGGGCAUCAGGAGUGCUGCUUAAUGAGCAAGGCUUGGUACUCACAAAUGCACACUUGUUGGAGCCUUGGAGGUUUGGAAGAACUACCGUUAGUGGUGGUGGAAAUGAGAUCGGAUCGGAGAUUAUUCCUUGUCAUCUGUCUAGAGAAGAUGUCUACCAGAAGAACAAUAGGGGGUUUCUGAAUACACAAGAAGCUUUAGUGGAUCCUUCACGUGGAUCGAAUUUUUCCUUCAAAGAGCAUCAAACUAUACGUGUUCGCUUAGACCAUGUUGAUCCAUGGAUUUGGUGCUCUGCUAAAGUAGUAUAUAUAAGUAGGGGCCCCUUGGAUGUUGCGCUAUUGCAGCUUGAAAAUGUUCCAGCUCAUAUCAGCCCAAUCAGUGUGGAUCUUUCGUGCCCAGCUUUGGGAUCGAAGGCAUAUGUGAUUGGGCAUGCUUUAUUUGGCCCGAAAUGUGGGUUUUCUCCCUCUGUUUGCUCCGGAGUUGUAGCAAAAAUAGUGAGAUCAAAGGCAACUUCUUACGAUCGAUCUCAUGGAAAGGAUUCACAGAUUCCAGCAAUGCUUGAAACCACAGCUGCUGUACACCCUGGUGGCAGCGGUGGUGCUGUCGUUAACUCAGAAGGCCAAAUGAUUGGACUUGUUACAAGGUACAUAAAUCACACUGGGGGGUUUUCUCAGCUUCUCAUGAUCAUCGAGGUUUUGCACAUAUUUUGGCUUUCUGAUGUCAUUUUUGGACACAGCAACACAAGGCAUGGCAGAGGCACAGUUAUACCACAUCUCAACUUCAGCAUUCCUUGUGCAGCCCUGGCUCCAAUUUUCGAGUUCUCCAAAGAUAUGCAGGACAUUAUGCUUCUGAAGCAGCUGGACCAACCGAACGACGACCUUUCUUCAGUAUGGUCGUUGUUGCCCCCACUCUCCCCGAAGCCUAAACCAGAGCUGCCCCUGAACAAUAUUCAGGAUUCACUAAAGAAGUCCGGGAAGGGCUCUAAGUUCGCUAAGUUCCUAGCGGAAAGCGACGAGGUUUUGAGAAGGCCAGUAGCUGCUACUCAGCUUGGUAAGGUGGGUAGCAGCAGCAGUACAAAUGAGUCCAUCCAUCUUCCCAGCAAGCUAUGAACAUAUACUGAUAGCAAUCUGAAACGAAUCGACGUUUUCAAUAACACGAUGUUGUAUUUCGUUGGCCCGAUUAGAUGAAUGUAUCGAUUGGCAAUGACAUUGUCCAUUGUACUGAUGUAUGACCAACCAAACAGUGGCACCAUUUCUGUCUAAACGAAGGAUAGACAGACGCAUAGUUUACUAGUUACUAGUUAGGGACUCGUAUGUAAAUUGAUUAUAAUAGAAUAUCAAAACGGGUAUUGGAAUU